AUGAGAAAUUGGUCGACGCGCGAAAGUGUUGAAGCUUUACAAGCGAGCAAACGUCGGAAGCUGAAUCCGUCUUUCUCGCGCAGCGACUUCGGCUCGGACCUCGAUAUCCCGUCCUAUUCCGGUUUAAACAUCCCUUUUUGUCCUAGGCAGGAUGGCGAAACUUGGAAACUUGACGCCUGCAAGGCGUGCGCCUGCAAGCAGGGCAAGGUGCUCUGCGCAAUGUCCAUGUGUCCGCCGAUGAACAAACCUUGCCCGCCCAACUCGAAGCUGGAGCGUCCGAAGGAUCAAUGUUGUGCGCGAUGCGUCGAGAGUGACGGAGUCUGCACGGUUUUCGGAGAUCCGCACUAUCGCACCUUCGAUGGUAAAUACUACAGCUUCAAGGGGCCGUGCAAGUAUCAGCUGGUCGGUGAUUGCGUGGGUCGUACUUUCAGCAUACGCGUGACCAACGACGCCAAAUGGACUAAAUCGUCCGCGUGGACAAAAGCUGUCGCCAUCAAGAUUGGCGACUUGAAAGUGAACCUUGGCCAGAAAAUGAGGGUGAAGGUGAACGGGAAGAAGGUAGACGUUCCUUAUGCCGUCGCAAACCGACUAGACAUCAACCGGACAAACGACAGCAUAAUCUUGAACACGCAAAUCGGGAUCAAGGUACUCUGGGACGGUAUUAGCUAUCUCGAGGUGUCGGCACCCUCGUCUUACAGGGGUCACCUGUGCGGCCUCUGCGGUAACUUCAAUUCCGUCACGAAAGACGACUUUAGCACGCGAGGUGGCCACGUGAUGCAAGAUCCGCAGCAAUUUGGUCAAGCUUGGGCCGUGGGUGCGAGGAAGACGUGCGUGCGACCGCGAUCGGGUAACCACAAUAAGGAGAGACGUUGCCGCGGCAGGAAAGAUCAGCGACUGUGCAACCGGGGUUCGCAAAUCUUUGACGCCUGCCACAAGAAAGUCAACCCAAUGAUGUACUACAAGGCCUGCCUUCAGGACAUGUGCGAGUGCCCGACCGGAGAUUGUUUCUGCGAGUCCUUCGUGGCAUACGUGCACGAGUGCCAACGACUCGGUAUCCAGUUGCCACAUUGGCGGAAAUCCACCAAGUGUCGGACUAUCUGGGAUCAUUCGACGACUCCGGCAAACCUCAUUCGCCACCUACACUAAUCGCGCGCGUCUGUCGUCGUCGCGUUCGGCGUCUAUCAAACAAACUCUAUCCCGAGGGACGCGUACUCUGAGAGAACUCUGCGUACGUUUAGAGAGAUGCAGAGAGAGAGAGAGAGAGAGAGAGAGAGAGAGAGAGAGAGAGAGAGAGAGAGAAUGUAAUUUCCCCUUUCCCUCGUCCGGGUUUUAGUAUCCGAGAAUAGUAGAGACGAGGAGGACGAUGUUGGAGGUGACAUACGAGAGUUAGAUAACAAUCGAUUUGCGCGCGCGCGCGCGUGUGUGUGUGUGUUACAAUUGUGCAAAAGAAUAUUCAUCACAAUGAAAUCAAUAUCCACCGUGGGAUCGAAUCUGCUGGCAAACGAGGGGAGGCCUCCGGUCGGAUCUUCGCGUGGAGAAACGCGGAUAACGCGGCGCGCAUACCGUGACGGAUUAAUUCAGACCGUAUUCAUAAAUGCUUAUUUAUUCGUAGAGCAACGUUAAUGCACCCGGUGCUUAUAAGUCCCCGGCGCCCAUAAUGAGAAACGAGAAUCGACUAUUAAUGCGGGUGAAAACGUUUCGUCGCUGCAAAUGCAACGCACAAAUGAAUGCACAACCGAGCGAACACGUCGUCGGCAUGAGCGAAUAUUGUGUUGUGACACGCGUAACUGUGACAAUGAUCAAGCAUAAAAUAAUUGAUAUUUUCGCUGAAACCGCAAACUCGGGGUACUUUUAACGUUUUACGCAGUAUCGUCUUUCUCAAUCUCCUUCUCUUUUCUCUUUCUCUCUCGCCUUUCUCUGAGAAGUCUCUCUCUCUCUCUCUCUUUCUCUCUCUCUCUCUCUCUCUCUCUCUCCCCCCUCUCUCUCUCUCUCUUCCUCUUUCUCUUUCUGUUUGCGGAAGCACACGAACCGGACGCGGCGCAGUGCUCGGCGAGAAUCUACUAGUCACCACUUCGUAUCAAUAUGCAUUAACGGUGAGUUCCUGUGCCCCCGUGUUAGUAACGUCGAGUAGCGACUAGGAAUGCACUCGAGUCAGAGCACAAUAUAUAUUUUCCCACUACUGUCAAAGGAAAAAAUUCACAGCGUGUCAAAGUAGUAAACACGAGAAUCUACAAGUAAACUGAUUUGAUUUCUAUCCUCGACCGAGUCGAAUUGGAAAGAGCCAAAGUGCAAAAGUCUCGUCAAUUCCGAAAUCAUAAAUUUUCAGGAAAGGAAAAGAAUUUAACAUCUGACAUAUUUAGCAAGUAUCUUUCCCUGAAAAGCGAAAGAGACGCAUUUCUUUUCAGUAUGACGUAUGGAAAAACUGCCGAAUCAUUUUUAUGCAAAUGUACGUACUCAAUCCGAUCCGAAGGAGGUUGCGAGUUAAUGUAUAAUAGUUUGC